AUGGUGACUCCACCACUAGAUAGGCGUCAUCGCAAUGCCAUCCUCAAUUCACAAAAGGCUGCUCUACGACAGCAGCACCACCGAAAUCCCAGAAUGCAGUACAAGGAUCUCGCCAAGUGGUUCGAAGAAAAGUACAAUCAGAAGAUUAAUAUUUCUACUGUAGCUCGUACCUUGUCGUCGAUAUAUGCAUUCCUUGAUGAGAUGGAAGGGCAGCCUGUGAGCGGUAAACGGAUUCGUCCAGAGAAUUGGCCGGAGCUGGAGUCGGCACUGUCCGAGUGGAUUCGGCGCGCGAAGAAUCAGGAUUUGGCUCUUUCACAGGAGAUACUGCGUCAAAAGGCGAGAGAUUACUGGUCUACUAUCUACCCGGGGAAGGAGAGUCCUUCAUUCAGUAAUGGUUGGCUAGAGAGGUUUCAGUCACGGCAAGGGAUCAAGAUCAAAAAGCAGCAUGGUGAUUCUGGAGACUCAGCUGAAGAUGCGGGUGUUGAACUGGUAAGGAUUCGACAGAUCUUGAGGACAUUCGCACCUCAAGAUAUUUUUAGCUGUGAUGAGACGGGUUUAUUCUGGAAGAUGAUGCCAGAGAAGAAUCUUGCACCCAGCGUGAUCCCCGGCCGUCGAAGCGAGCAAGCCCGAAUAAGCGCUUUGUUUUGUUGUAAUUCUAACGGGUCAGAACGCCUGCCUCCUUUGUUUAUAGGUACAAGUGAGCGACCUAGAGCCAUUGCAAAAGCGAAAAUUAACGUUGAAAAUCUCGGUUGUCUUUGGAGGAGCAACAAGCAAGCCUGGAUGACAAGCGAUAUAUUCAAAGAUUGGCUUAUCUGGUUUGAUAAAAAGAUGGAAGGCCGAAAGGUUGUCCUUCUGAUUGAUAAAAUCUCCGCGCAUCAGAUUGCAUUCCAAAAAGUUAGUAUGAGGCUGAAAAACACGCUUGUUAUUUUGCUUCCGGCCUGUUCAGAGACGCCAUGUGAGCCGCUAGAGGGUACCGUUUACGGUUGGAAACUAUACUGGAAAAGGGAAUGGCUUCGAUACAUGAACUUGGAGCUUAAACGUGGCGCUGAUCCAUCAGUGACCAUGACGAUAUUGAUGGCAAUUCGUUGGGCGAUAACGGCCUGGAAAAUUGAUCUCGACAAUGAGACAAUCGUGCAAAGUUUCAGGAAAGCGCUUGAAGUUGGAGCAGUUCCUAAGCUCAAUCACACACAUCUGAUCAAUGAGAUUACAGCUGGUCUUCGACACUUGAAGGAAACAAAUCGAAUCAAGGACGUCCUGGACGCCAAUCAAUAUUUGAAUUGCCCCAACGAAAAGGUCGACGAUGGGGUUAUAGAUAUAGACUCCAUAGUUCUGAGUCAGUUUCUAUCGAGCGGAGAUGUUGACGAGGAAGACGACGAGUCUGAUGAAACUAUUCCACACAUCUCACCUGCAGAAGCAUUGCAAAGUCUCUAUACUCUUCGUCUUCACGAAGAACAGCAAGAGGCAGGGAAUCCGGAACUGAUUAUGCUAUUGAUGGGCUACGAGAGGACUCUCCAGGCUCGCCUUGGACAGCAAUAUCAGAGCAAUGAGCAAAAUCGGUUUUAA